GUCACGGGGACGCGCCCGCACGUCUACACGCACACACCCGCCGCGCGGCCAGGCCACCGGCCAGCCUCUCUGCCUCUCUCUCUCCCCCCUCUCUCUUCUCUUUCCUUUUCCUCCAUUUUUUUUCCGUUAAAAACUUUCCGUUCACACCCGGUUCACCGAUAAACUUUUCCCUCCGGAACCCGAGCGGCCCCCGGGGCGGACAAGUAACCGGAUUACCGAGUUUCAGCGACUAGCUAGCGGCCGGACCUGCCGUGAUUCACCGCCCUGCCGGCCAGAAGCAGCGGGCCUCAACUUUCCUUCAUCUUGUUUCACUUUUUGGUUUUUUUACUCUUUCCGCCGCCGGUGAAACUUACCGGACGGUGACGUCAGCCCCGAAGGAAGCCAGCCGCCGUUACACCGGAGAAGACAACAUAAUUGUUGUUUAUUGGUGGUUUUCUCCGGACCGGAGACAUGGGGACGGUGUGAACGGAUCAGCGCGUGGCUUCCACGAGACUUACGGUUUCCUCCGGUCCGGUAGAGGUGGGGUGGGCGGAGCUUAACGAUGGCAGGUGCGUCAGUGAAGGUGGCGGUGCGAGUCCGUCCGUUCAACUCCCGAGAGACGGGACGCAACGCCAAGUGUGUGAUCCAGAUGCAGGGGAACACCACCUGUAUCUCCAACCCCAAACAGCCCAAAGAUGGAGCUAAGAACUUCACCUUCGACUAUUCCUACUGGUCACACACAACGAUUGAUGACCCCAGCUUCGCGUCUCAGAGGCAGGUGUAUAAGGACAUCGGAGAGGAGAUGCUGCUGCACGCCUUUGAAGGAUACAAUGUGUGUAUAUUUGCGUACGGCCAGACCGGUGCCGGAAAGAGCUACACCAUGAUGGGCAAACAGGAACCUGGACAGGAGGGGAUCAUACCACAGCUGUGUGAGGACUUGUUUCAGAGAACGGGAGAAAACACAGAUCCUGACCUGACCUACUCCGUGGAGGUGUCCUACAUGGAGAUCUACUGCGAGCGGGUCCGGGAUCUGUUGAAUCCAAAGUCCCAGGGGACUCUGCGGGUUCGAGAGCAUCCCAUCCUCGGGCCGUACGUGGAGGACCUGUCCAAACUGGCUGUGACCGGAUUCACCGACAUCCGGGACCUGAUGGACGCCGGCAACAAAGCUCGGACGGUCGCGGCCACAAACAUGAACGAGACGUCGUCCAGGUCACACGCCGUCUUCACCAUCGUCUUCACCCAAAAACGACGAGACCAGAUGACCAGCCUGGACACUGAGAAGGUCAGUAAGAUCAGUCUGGUCGACCUGGCUGGGAGCGAGCGAGCUGACUCGUCGGGGGCAAAGGGCACCAGGCUCAAGGAAGGAGCAAACAUCAACAAAUCUCUGACCACGUUGGGAAAAGUGAUUUCAGCUCUGGCUGAAAUGCAGAGCAGUAAGAAGAGGAAAAGUGAUUUUAUUCCCUACAGAGACUCAGUCCUCACCUGGCUACUGAAGGAAAACCUGGGAGGAAACUCUCGGACGGCCAUGAUUGCUGCUCUAAGUCCUGCUGACAUCAACUAUGAAGAAACACUGAGCACUCUAAGGUAUGCUGACCGUGCCAAACAGAUUCGUUGUAACGCUGUGAUCAAUGAAGAUCCAAACGCCAAACUGAUCAGAGAGCUGAAGGCUGAAGUGGAACGAUUGAGAAACCUGCUGUUCUCUCAGGGUCUGCAGGAACUGCUGGAUAAUGCUGUCAACAACAACAACAAUGGCCCCAUUGGCAUCGCAGGUGUGGCCCCCUCCCCGCUGCAGCUGGCACUCAAUGCAGCCAAUGGACUCGCAGCCAAUGGACUCGCACCUAAGAAUGGCUCCGCCCCUCCAGCUGCAGGUGAGCCUGCGUCUGCAGGUGACGUCCCAGCUGACCCCGACCACCUGAUCGAGGAUGGAGAGGAAGGAGAGGAGGCGGUUGCCACGGAGCCCAUCAGUAAAGAGGAAGCAGCUGAGAGACUGCUGGAGACAGAGAAGAUUAUCGCUGAGCUUAACGAGACGUGGGAAGAGAAACUAAGAAAGACAGAAUCUAUUCGUCUGGAGAGAGAGGCCCUGCUGGCAGAAAUGGGCGUGUCCAUUAAAGAAGAUGGAGGAACGCUGGGCGUCUUCUCUCCUAAAGGAACACCUCACCUGGUCAACCUGAAUGAAGACCCUCUGAUGUCAGAGUGUCUCCUCUACUACAUCAAGGAAGGAUUCACCAGGGUUGGACAGCAGGACGUCGACAUUAAACUGUCUGGACACUUUAUAAAGGAGAUUCACUGCGUCUUUGUCAGUGAGACCAAUGACCAGGGAGAAGUCGUCGUCACUCUGGAGCCGUUGGUCGGAGCAGAGACGUACGUGAACGGGAAGCAGAUCACUGACGCCGUCGUCCUCAAACAAGGUAACCGCAUCGUGAUGGGGAAGAACCACGUGUUUCGGUUCAACCACCCGGAGCAGGCGAGGCUGGAGAGGGAGCGCAGCGUCACGGCCGAUCAGCAGGCGGAGCCGGAGGACUGGAACUACGCUCAGAGGGAGCUGCUGGAGAAACAAGGCAUCGACAUCAAACUGGAGAUGGAGAAGAGACUGCAGGACAUGGAGACUCAGUACCGUAAAGAGAAGGAGGAGGCUGAUCUGCUGCUGGAGCAACACAGACUGUAUGCCGACAGUGACAGCGGCGACGACUCAGACAAACGCUCCUGUGAGGAGAGCUGGAGGCUGAUUUCCUCCCUGAGAGAGAAGCUACCUGCCAACAAGGUGCAGUCGAUAGUGAAGCGCUGUGGUCUGCCCAGCAGUGGGAAGAGGAGGGAGCCUCUCAGAGUCUAUCAGAUCCCUCAGAGGAGGAGGAUCAGCAAAGACCCCAAACGGGUCACCAUGGAAGACCUCCGCAUGCAGGCGGUGAAAGAGAUCUGCUACGAGGUGGCCCUGGGAGAUUUCCGUCACUCCCGUCAGGAGAUUGAGGCGCUGUCCAUCGUCAAGAUGAAGGAACUCUGCCGCAUGUACGCCAAGAAGGACGCCAACGAGAAGGAGAGCUGGAGGGCCGUGGCCCAGGACGUCUGCGACACCGUGGGAAUCGGAGAAGAGAGGAGCCCCCCCACGGAGGAGGGAGUAGGAGGAGGAGGAGGAGGAGGUGGCGGCGGCGGUGGCGGCGGCAGUGUUGGUGGCGGAGGAGGAGGAGAGACGGGGGAGGGAGUACAGAAAGGAAAAGUGUAUGACCUGAAAGCUCACAUCGAUAAACUGACAGACAUUUUGGAGGAAGUGAAGCUGCAGAACAACAUGAAGGACGAGGAGAUCAAAGCUCUGAGAGACAGAAUGAUAAAGAUGGAGAGCAUCAUACCUGUUCAGGACGACGACCUAAACGGCGAAGGCGACGGGUCUCCUCAGAGAGAUGGGGGCAUGGGCUGCGGCGAUGGCGGGGGUGUCGGCCCCGACCACCCAGAGGUCAGAGUUCAGCGGCUGAUGGACGAGGACCCGGCGUUCAGGAGAGGACGCCUCCGCUGGCUGAAACAGGAACAGCAGCGAAUCCUGAACCUGCAGCAGCAGAACAUCACCAAGAAACUACGAGGACAGAACCAGAGCCCAGGUCUGACCGCCCCCAUCGUCCCCGUCCACCUCCCGGGGACCGGCCGCUUCAUCCCUCCCCAGGAAUGCAAGCUCAAGUUCCCCUUUAAGAGUAACCCCGCCCAUCGGUUGUCAUGGGGACCAGCCAGCGCCGCUCUGCAGGCCCUGGGUUUUGGGGAGGGAGGAGAAGGGGGGGAGGAGGGAGGAUCUGAGGGUAAAGGUUCUCCCUCACCUCCUCCUCCUCAUGGCCAAUCUCCUGCUCUCUUGCCCCUCCCCUUCCAAGUGCCGCCGCCGCCGCCUUGCAUGCGCACCCCCAGCCCUCACCGUGCCUGGCAACAACGUAACCAAGGCAACCAGGGUAACCAGAGCGGCUUCCAUUACCAUCACCAGGGCAACAACCAAAACCACCAGCACCGCUACCGCCGCAACUCUCUGGACAGCUCCACCCAUGGCAACAUUAACUACGACAACAACCAGCAUCACAGCGGUGGCGGGGGCGGCGGUCACCAGGGGCGACCGAGACAGAGGAGGGGGGUGUCACCUGGGCCUGGGGGGGAGAGAGGAGGAGGGAGAGGAGGAGGAGGAGGAGGAGGAGGAGGAGGGAGAGACAGAGAUGGAGGCUUCCAUUAUAAUCAACGCCAGCACCAUCAGUACCACCAUCAUCCCUACUACAACCCCCACAAUGCACCAUUCCAGCCAGGACCUCACCCCAACUACCACAGCCUGCCACGCUCCGGGGCCCCGCCUCCUCCUGCUGACAUGCUGCUGGGGGCGGGGCCGCCUCCGGGGGGGUGGGGCUUCACUACCCCUCCCAGGAUGAGACGACAGUUCAGCGCACCGGACCUCAAAAACAACAAGGAGACCCCCAUCUGACCUCUGACCCCUGGAGGUCUCUGAUUGGCUGCAGGACACAGGGUGGUCCUGAUGCUGUAGGGAAUAGGCUGUGUGUGUGUGUGAGUGUGAGUGUGAGUGAGUGUGUGUGUGUUUGUGUUGCAGCACUUUUACUAUACUGAGUCGGCCCGUCACACACCAACUAACAUCACACACAUCCUGUAUCUUCAAUCCUGCUGUGUGUGUGUGUGUGUGUGUGUGUGGGUGUGUGUGUUAGCUUCCGUUUAGCUUUUACGUUAGCACGGGUUAGCUGUUGCCACAGCAACACUGUUUUAGGGAAAAGUGGAUUAUUGUGUCUUUUGCUGUCAGACGAGAUGGAAGUUUAUUAAAUGAUGAUUUAGUUUUAUUGAUUUUAGUGAUCGGUGAUAUUGAUUGACGUUGUGGUCUCGAUCAGUUGUUUAUAAUAUGGUGCCUUAAAGCUGACGUGUUAGCUCCCGUUAGCUGUUAGCUCCUGUUGUUUUAUUGUUGUUUUUUUAAAGAUGGAGUGCGUCGGUUUGAUUUCCUGGGCAGUUUGGGUGUUUGUACGUACAUGGACUUGAGUUUUAGCUCGUCUGUUUUAGCCACUGUUAGCCCGGGAGGCUAACUAGCAUGCUUCAGCCUGAGACGUCUUUGUUAGCGUUGGCUAGUCAGUUAGCCCAAGCAGGGAGCAAGGGGUGGCUGUUUAGCUUUUCAGGCUAAUAGCUUAUGUGGUGAGGUGCUACACAAGCACCCAAGUUUAGCUUAGCCUAGCCUAGCCAAGGCUGCGCUCAUGUCAUAUGAGAGUUCCAGUCAGUACGACUUUGACUUUAACACCUUGAACGCACCACUUUUCACACAUCGAGACGAUUUUUCUCGAAGCUCGUAUUUACUGCUUCUCCCAUGUGACCUGAGCGCCGCAACGCCGAGUGCUACGAACCAAAGAAAGCUGCUCUGUGGCGCCUCCUGCUGGAGAGCAGAGAGCUGACGGACAACACUGCUGUACAGACAGAGAGACGGAGGGAGGGAGGAACUCCUCGUCUGUUCCAGAGCAGGAGGAGGAGGAGGAGGAGGAGGAGGAGGAGGAGGAGGUGCUGUGGUGUAAAUGUUGAUAAGACAGACUCGCACGUUGAAUCUUUUUAAAGCGUUGUGUGUGUAUAUUUGAAUUGUAUCCUGACGUAUUUGUUUUUAUGAAGAUGAAUCUAUUUUUAAAAAAAGGCUGCGACACAUGAAACAUGCUUGCGGUGAGUUCACUGUCUCUGGCAAUCGUGGGAAACGUAGUAAGUGAAACCUGAAAUGCGUGCGACGCAUCAGUGGGAGAUGUAGGAAUCAUGAGACGUGAUGGAUUGUAGUUUACGUAGGGCUGUGUAUGCAAGGAACUCUGGGAAAUGUAGUAAGAGAAAGAGACGGUGCAGAAGAGGGAAGCUGAGACACAAUAAGCUUUGUUUUUCAAAUAGUAAGAGACGCUACGACCUGUUCUGUGUGACGUUCAAGUACUCCUCCGACACUACGUAGUCUUUUAUGUCCACUUCAAGAAGGGAUGAGGAAUUAACUGCUGCCUUCAUGAGACGUCGGGAAGAUGGAAACUGUGGCUUUUUCCCAUUUGAGUCAUAUGAUGUUGCGUUUACUGUCACUUUAAAGAGCUUUAACACAGAUGUUUUCUUUUUUUAAUGCUGUAAAUAUUGAUCUUCUCAUUUUCAAUUAAUAAAUUAGUCCAGAGCAUCAAUUCCUGACUGAUCGAUUAUCAGUUUUGUUUUUGUUGUUGUGUUCACUGCACCUCUGAAAUACAGGACAUUGUAAUUACAGCCGACCUGCCACAAUCUUCCAGCUUCCCACGUCUAAGUGAACGCAGCAGCCGCGGUGUGUUUGAUGCUCCCUGAGUGACGACAUGUACCCGUCAGGAGGAGCCUAAAGCCCUGCCCACACUGAGCAGGGCAUUAUGGGAGAUGACGAGUGGAGCGUUUUGGUGCUCCGUGACUUUAAGACCUUUUCACAUUUAAAAAAAAAAAAGAAAAAAAAAGGUCAAACCAACCAAUGGGAGCGCUCCCUCUGGCCGCUCAGCCAGUCAGGAGGGGAGUCGCCACGAUGACGACGACAAAAACACUAGGACUGAUUGUGAUUGGCCUGAGAAGCGUGACAUCAGCAGAAUUUGAUUUCCAUCGUUUGCUCUGGUGUCUCGACCAAUCACGGGACAAUCUUGAUUACCUGCUGCCACUGCCGGGCCUGAUGGGAAAUGAUGUUUCCUUUUCGUUUAUGGUUUUUCAUUUUUCUGAUUUUUAUUUUUUUUCAUUCUCCAGCUUCGGCCUCUGAUUGGCUGUUUUUUUUUUUUUUUGUGUGUAUUCAUUUGCUUCAUGUCCUGAGUAUUUUAACCCCGCUACAUGUUCAACUUUUGCUUUAUGAUGUCAUCACGCCAUCAUCACUAUUAUUAAUAUAAUUAUUAUAAAGUUAUACGUGUCAUUAAUAUUGGGUUGUUGUGGAUGCUGCUAAAGGGAGCUUCUUCACCCUCAUGCAACCGCCUGAGUGUGUUCAUGUGUGUGUGUUCAUGUGUGUUGGAUGUGUGUGUGUGUGUGUGUGUGUGUUUCCUGGUUAAUCUAGAAUCAUAAUCUAAAGUUUGUUUUACUUCAUAAAGCUGAUUUUAUUAUUUUUCUCUAAUUGUCUGUUUACGUUUGUUGUUUUGGAGGUUAGAGGAGGAGGAGGAGGAGGGGCCUGGGGUGGGGGGUGGGGGCAUUGCCAUGGCAACUCGACUCAGCAGAAUUCCAGAACAUUCUAGAACUCCCCGCCCACUCCCUACACCUCUGCUCCAAUCACAACGUCGGACUCUGACGUCACUUCAGGACUGUGGAACACAGAUACGGACACGAUGACAUCACGGUCUAACCCUCCUCCUAUUGGCUCAGAGCCCCUCAGUGGUUGUUGUCUGUGUUGAGAUGUUGUGUCUGUUGUUUGUGUUGUAUCAGGAACCAAUCUCAGGCUCUCCCUGCAGACAACAUGAGGCAAUAAACUGUCAGUGAGGACGAAACGAAACUCGA